AUGAUCCUGAUCUUGUUGCUAGUUCUUCUAACUCCUCAAAUCUUGGCUCAAGAAACGCAUGACUACGAAAUGCCGUUCGAAAAAAAGCAAGAAUUGGCUUUCGAAUUCGCCAAAAUUUUUCUCGAAAAACACGUGGCAAUGUAUAUUCGAGUGAAACUUCGAGAAAAAUUGAUCAAUUCAGUCAUGGACACUUUUAUUGUCAACAAUUUCAAUUUCACCGAUUGUGAUGGCACAUUUUAUAAUGGCCAAGAUUUCGUCGACAAAUAUUUGUUGGCUGGAAAAUUGGGAGUGGAUUUGAAAAUCGCGCCGAAAGAUCAGGGAAAAUUGAUCGGCGCCGGUGGAAAAUUCGAGAAUAUGCCCGAUUAUUUGAAACGUCGUGCGAAAUUGAGUUGGACUGUUCCGAUCUAUGUGACAACUUUGAGGACGAGUCUGAAUACGUAUCAGAUUUCGGUGAAGGCUUCGACGGAUUCGGCUGAUUUGCAGAUUUAUUCGAUUGUUCCCGAUUGUUCGAGUAUUUCGGGCAAAAAACAAAAUGGAAAUUGUGAUAAUUGA